AUGAACGUCGGGCGCAGGGGACGGGGGGCAGGUGACCUGAAGACUCGGCGUUUCACCCCCUUCCCCCUUGUGUCCGUCACGUCGGCUCCUGAGGCCCCCUGUCGGGAUCAGAACCGCCUUUCUAUCCCGAAACAAAAACCUCCUGUCGUCCAAAAUAGCCAGGAUCUGGUGAUUUUGAAAAGGAGCGUGAACAGCCAAGAUGAAAACCCCUGCUUCCUUUACCUGCGAUGUGACCCUCCUGGAGGUGAAGAAAUCGUUUCUAUUGGCAUUUUAAGUUCAGCAAGAAAUAUGGAAGUAUACUCAGGAGAGGAGUACUGUGGAACCAGUAGGGGCAAGAAUGUUUGUAAUGUUCUGGAUAACAGUGAACAUGAAAAGAUUAUUUUGUACAAAAAAUAUCUAAAAUUGGAGUCUUCCACACAUGCUUGUAAAAUAAAGCUGCUCUCCUUUGGUGAAAAGCAGUGUGUGUUCAUCAGUAAAGUUGUGGUACACGUGAGGCCACUUCCAGCAAAUUCUUCAGCAGGCUCUCCUGCUCUAGGAUCAAGAAUAGACCUGGAGAGGGUCCAAACUAUCAUGGAGUCCAUGGGGUCAAAGUUGUCAUCUGGAGCUCAGCAACUGAUGAAUAUGGUUAUUUUCCAGCAACAGAAUUGUAUUCCCAUCGGACAGCAGCUUCAGUCAGUUUUGGGAAGCACUGGAUUCAAGCACAUGAUCGGACUGCAAUCAUCAUCUGCUUCAGGGGCCUUCGACAAGUCAUCCCCCACACCUUUCCCUUCCAGGACUGGAUUGACAUCUGGAAACGUGGCUGAAGACUUAAAAGCUUACAUUGAUAAAAGUGCGCAGCCAGCUGGUGGAGGAAAUAUGACAAGCCUCCAAGAGUGUAAAAUUGUGCCACAAAACCAUUCUCUUCCUGAGAAUGAUCUUAAGAAUGCAGUAUCUUCUUUGUUACCAAAGAAAGCAAGCGACAGCUCACACAUACCUAACUCUGAGUUGCUGCCUGUUCUGCAGAAUCUGUGUAGUCAAGUGAACCAUCUCCGUGUGGGACCCAACACCAAGUGGCAGGAAAGCAUCACCAAGCCCGGCGAAGGCAUUGUUGGUGUUACAAUGGAAGAGCAAUCCAUUUGUUCCUACUUGGAAAAGAUUCUUUCUAAAAAUAUGGAACUGAUGGAAAAGAAACUUAUGGACUACAUUGAUCAGCGAAUAUAUAAACUCCAGGAGCACAUAGAUAAUAAGAUUGCUUUGUUAGUGGACUUGCUGCAAAGUCCCAACUCCCCACCCUCUGGCAUGCCUCUAAGACAUUAUGACUCUGGAGAAAGACUUUCAAAUGGAGAAAGAUAGCACUGAACAUGUUCAAAGAUAUUCACAGAUAUUUAUUACAUAUUUAUUACAAAGCCGAACCCCCCAAAAAAGUUUAUGAAAAGCAGGUAUUUAAUGUCCUUUGAAAUAUUACCACUUACUUAACGUGACCUCACUGUUCAUUUUUACUGCACUCGUGAAUCCAGUACUGUACACUGAGUUAACAUGAUAGGAUCAUAAGUUAUUUUUGUUUGCAAUAUUUUUCACUCUCAGUGAAAUUUAUGUAUACUUCUGGAUUAACUGUUUAAGAUUUUAAGGAUUUGUAAAGCAGUUCAUUAGUUCGUAUUGUAUGUGUUUCAUAGAAGUACAUUUUUUAUUUAUACAAAGACUUUAUAGUCUUAGGCGUCUGAAAAAUAAUGCUUAGAGUAUUUGAUAAUUUUUCUUUCGCUAAUCAAUUGUUUUUGGAAAAUUGGAUACUUAAGACCUUUAAUUCAAAUCACUAGUUUACAUUUUGUAUUGUUUAUCUCAGUUAAUGAACAAGGUGCAGUGUUUGGCAUGUGUAAAAUGAGUUUACACUGAGGUUAAUAUUAUUUGUUUCAGUACAGUGUAGCAGUACAUAGGGAAGUAAAAAUCACAACUAGCCUAUUCCCUGUUAGGAAUAUUAUUUUAGAUUUAAUGUUUGAUGUAAAAUGAGAGAAGUCAUCUUGUUUUAUCUCAGUCAACCCAGAAAAUAUGAGGAACUAUUUCCCUUUCUGAGAUGAUACAGGUUCCUCUUUCCAGAACCUUCUUCUAUAUGUUUAAAGUGUGAAAUUCUGAGGUUCUGCUUUGAAGGGUUAGGCAUAUGAAUCAAGGAGAUUGCAAUUCUCUCAGGCAGACUUAAUUUUUGGAAAUUAUAACUAUUGUAUAUGUGUUGAAG